GCCCAUGACCUGCCGCUGAAAACAGCCACCGCCGCCACCAGCAGCCCAAACCUCACAAGGUGGGAAGGCUCUGUGCCGUCCUCGCCACGCGCCGUAGGUCAGGCUCCUACCCUCGCCUCGCUUCCCACCCGCACCGAGAUGGCGGACCCAGCCGAAUGCAGCAUCAAAGUGAUGUGCCGAUUCCGGCCACUCAACGAGGCGGAGAUUCUCCGCGGGGACAAAUUCAUCUCCAAAUUCAAAGGCGAGGACACGGUGAUGAUUGGGCAAGGAAAGCCGUAUGUCUUUGAUAGAGUGUUUCCUUCCAAUACAACCCAGGAACAAGUCUAUAACGCUUGUGCCAAGCAGAUUGUUAAAGAUGUUCUUGAGGGUUACAAUGGUACAAUUUUUGCUUAUGGUCAAACAUCUUCAGGAAAAACGCAUACCAUGGAGGGGAAGUUACAUGACCCACAGCUAAUGGGAAUAAUUCCAAGAAUUGCGCAUGACAUCUUUGAUCACAUCUAUUCCAUGGAUGAAAACCUAGAAUUUCACAUAAAGGUUUCCUACUUUGAGAUUUACUUGGACAAAAUAAGGGAUUUGCUGGAUGUUUCAAAGACAAACCUUGCAGUUCAUGAAGAUAAGAACAGAGUUCCAUAUGUUAAGGGCUGUACAGAAAGGUUUGUCUCUAGUCCAGAAGAAGUUAUGGAUGUCAUUGAUGAAGGGAAAACAAACCGCCAUGUAGCUGUUACAAACAUGAAUGAACACAGUUCUAGAAGUCAUAGUAUCUUCCUAAUUAAUAUCAAACAAGAGAAUGUGGAAACUGAAAAAAAACUCAGUGGAAAACUUUAUCUGGUAGAUUUGGCUGGGAGUGAAAAGGUCAGCAAAACUGGGGCAGAGGGUUCUGUUCUUGAUGAAGCUAAAAAUAUUAACAAGUCUUUGUCUGCUUUGGGCAAUGUGAUCUCAGCACUGGCAGAAGGAACUAAAACACAUGUCCCAUAUCGAGACAGCAAAAUGACCCGAAUUCUUCAGGACUCCUUAGGUGGAAAUUGUAGAACCACCAUUGUCAUCUGCUGUUCCCCAUCCAUCUUCAAUGAAGCAGAAACGAAGUCAACUCUAAUGUUUGGGCAAAGAGCUAAGACCAUUAAGAAUACAGUCUCUGUGAAUCUUGAGCUGACUGCUGAAGAAUGGAAGAAAAAAUAUGAGAAGGAGAAAGAAAAAAACAAGACAUUGAAGAAUGUUAUCCAGCAUCUGGAGAUGGAACUGAACAGGUGGAGAAAUGGAGAGGCUGUUCCUGAGGAUGAACAGAUCAGUGCUAAGGACCAAAAGAACUUGGAGCCAUGUGACAAUACACCCAUCAUUGAUAAUAUUGCACCUGCUGUUGCCAGUAUCACAACUGAGGAAAAGAGGAAAUAUGAUGAAGAGAUUACUAGUCUCUACAGACAGUUGGAUGAUAAGGAUGAUGAAAUUAAUCAACAGAGUCAGCUAGCUGAGAAACUAAAGCAGCAGAUGCUGGAUCAAGAUGAGCUCUUGGCUUCCACUAGGAGAGAUUAUGAGAAGAUCCAAGAGGAACUCACUCGUCUUCAGAUUGAAAAUGAGGCUGCAAAAGAGGAAGUGAAAGAAGUCCUUCAGGCUCUUGAGGAAUUGGCUGUUAAUUAUGACCAAAAGUCUCAAGAAGUGGAGGACAAGAUGAGAGCUAAUGAACAGCUGGCUGAUGAACUUGCACAGAAAACAUCUGCGCUGACAACUACACAGAGAGAGUUGGGACAGUUACAAGAAUUCAGUAACCAUCAGAAGAAAAGAGCUACUGAGAUCUUGAAUUUACUGCUUAAGGAUCUGGGAGAGAUUGGAGGAAUUAUUGGUACUAAUGAUGUUAAAACAUUAGCAGAUGUGAAUGGAGCGAUUGAGGAGGAAUUCACCAUGGCACGGCUCUACAUCAGUAAGAUGAAGUCGGAGGUGAAAUCCUUGGUGAACCGCAGCAAGCAGCUGGAGAGUGCCCAGAUAGACUCCAACAGGAAGAUGAAUGCCAGUGAGAGGGAACUUGCUGCCUGUCAGCUCCUCAUCUCUCAGCAUGAAGCAAAGAUCAAGUCUCUCACAGAUUACAUGCAGAAUAUGGAGCAGAAGCGAAGGCAGCUGGAAGAGUCACAAGAUUCACUUAACGAAGAGUUGGCCAAAUUACGCGCUCAAGAAAAAAUGCAUGAAGUCAGUUUCAAAGAUAAAGAGAAGGAACAUUUAACCUUGCUGCAGGAUGCAGAAGAAAUGAAGAAGACACUGGAGCAGCAGAUGGAGAGUCACAGGGAAGCUCACCAGAAGCAGCUGUCUAGGCUGCGAGAUGAGAUUGAAGAGAAGCAGAAAAUAAUUGAUGAAAUCAGAGAUAUGAAUCAGAAGCUGCAGCUGGAACAAGAAAAAUUAAGUUUGGACUAUGAAAAAUUGAAAGUAGAAGAUCAAGAACGGGAAAAGAAGCUUGAAAAGCUCAUAUUGCUUAAUGAUAAAAGGGAACAAGCAAGAGAAGAUCUUAAGGGAUUGGAAGAAACUGUGGCUAGAGAACUUCAGACCCUCCAUAACUUACGCAAACUCUUUGUUCAAGACCUCACCACUAGAGUAAAAAAAAGUGUUGAACUGGACAGUGAUGAUGGAGGUGGAAGUGCUGCUCAAAAGCAGAAAAUUUCCUUUCUGGAAAACAACCUGGAACAACUUACAAAGGUUCACAAACAGCUGGUGCGCGAUAAUGCAGAUCUUCGUUGUGAGCUUCCUAAGCUGGAGAAACGACUUCGAGCUACAGCAGAGAGAGUUAAGGCCUUGGAGAGUGCGCUGAAGGAAGCCAAGGAGAAUGCCAUGCGGGACCGGAAGCGAUACCAGCAGGAGGUAGAUCGCAUCAAAGAGGCGGUGAGAGCCAAGAACAUGGCAAGGAGAGCACACUCUGCUCAGAUUGCUAAGCCUAUACGUCCUGGUCAUUAUCCAGCAUCUUCUCCAACAGCCAUUCAUGCCAUUCGAGGAGGAGGAUAUUACCAGAACAUGAAAUAAACACUAGAAAAAGCAGGUUCCACUUCACACGUGAAAAGUCAUCAGCAGUUCACUAGUUCCUUUCGCUUUUGGACUGGAUCUGUACUUUUGUUCAUUGUACACAUUCUAUAGCCAUCUGCUGUGCACUGGUAUCAACUAUUUUUCUGCUUUGUAGAAUCUCUAUGUGUACAGAAGUGUGUCCAACCUGGCUUUUCUUCUGAAACCAUGUACACACCUAAGCUAACAAUAGGAGUCUGCUGCUCAAUCUCUAUCACUGACUGACUGCAUUAGACCCUGUUGUGCCAGUUAAGUUGAGGCUUUUAUGCUGGCACUGAUGCUUUUUUUGUUCCGUUUCAAGUACUUUGGUGCAUCGCUAAAAUCCUGGUACCU